AGCCAUGACUCACACGAUCUACAUGGGGUUCCUGUGCAUCUCUUUAGUGUUGGUAAUACUGUGCGAAGCUUCUGCCAAAAAAGGCAUCCGUGAAGAAACACAAAAGGAGAAAAAAGUACAUUUGAAGGACAUAUUUAGUGGCAGGAUGAAAAGACAGUUAGAAGAGCUUUGUCAACAGUCACCUGCAGGUUGUAUCAUGCAGUCUGAAUUUUCCGAGGAUAGUACGCAAAAUGGAAAGAGAAAGAGAAAGAAGAGCAAGAAGGAAAGAAAACAUGGAAGCAGAGGGAGAAAAAACAAAAGGAAGAUGUCAACUUCGAGCGAAAUAAACCAAGAGACGGAUGAAACCUGUCCUUAUGUGGAUCCACCGACAGACGAUGAAGAUUAUGAAGAGGACGACGGCAGCGAGUGUCUGAAAACUCAACAAAUAAUUGGCGAUUAAAACGAUGAAAUGUUUUUUCAU